GUGCGGCCGCUGAGGGAACCCGGCUACCUGCGGGAACUGGGCCGGAAGGCCGAGAAGGCGAGGAAGAGGAGGGAGCGGCUGCAGAGGAGGAAGCGGGAGGCCCGAGCGGCCCAGGAGGAGGAGGCGGCCCGCGCCGCGGAGCGGGAGGCUGAGAUCGACCGAUGGAGGGCAGGGCGCGUCCAGGAGGUGGAGGAGAAGAACCGGGAGCGGGAGCUUAAGGCUGCUGCGGACAGUGUCUUAUCUGAAGUAAGGAAGAAGCAGGCAGACACAAAGAGAAUGGUGGACAUCCUGGGCUCCUUAGAAAAGCUUCGGAAACUGAGGAAAGAGGCCGCUGCCAGGAAAGGUGUUUGUCCACCUCCCUCAGCAGAUGAAGCCUUUGAAAAUCAGGUGGAAAGUCUCAGAGCAUUGCUCAAAAACCGCACAGAGCUGUAUGAAGCUGAGGAGAGAGCACUGAGAGUGAUGUUGGAAGGAGAACAGGAGGAGGAAAGGAAGAGAGAAAUGGAAAAGAAACAGAAGAAGGAAAGAGAAAAGCUUCUACAGCAGAAACGUGAAAUUGAUUCCAAGCUGUUUGGUGAUCCAGAUGAAUUUCCUCUUGCUGAUCUGCUGCAGCCUUUCAGGGAAUAUUACUUACAAGCUGAGCUUUCUGUAGCAGCUCUAAUCCAGAUCAGGCACGAAUGGGAUCAGUACUUGGUGCCCGCUGAUCACCCUGAAGGAAGCUGCAUCCCUCCUGGAUGGGUUCUUCCGACUCUCCCCACGAAUGACACUUGGGCCACUGCUGUCAGAUAACUCAGAAAUAAAUUAUUUUUGCACUGGA